UUUUCAGAAUUUAGAAUUAGAAACCCACCCACCGCCACCGCGCAAACCCAAAGCAUUACAAAUAUGCCCACCCCCACCACCAAACUCAAUCAUCCAUUCUUCCCGUUCAAUACCGAACACUUCCUCUCUUAACUCUCUCAACGUUUUGUUUAAUGGGCGCCGUCUCCGUCGCCAACGCCAUCGCCUGCCGUGACGGCGACCACAAUAACAAAGAGAACAUCCCUCCAACUCCAACUCCAACUCCAAUUCCGUUGUCUGCAACUGCAAAGGCAAAGGUGACCAACGCAGUUUCUGAGGAUAGCAAGAAAUGUAAUAAAAUGAGGCUGAGGAGGAGGCGGAUGAGGAAGCCUCUUGCCGACAUUACCAACCUCUAUAUCUUCACCAAUUCGGUUCAAUUGCCAUGCCGGACAUCUCUUUCUUUGUCUUCCUCCUCCGUCUCCAUCUCCGUCUCCACAUCCGCCUCAAUUUCUACAAAAAGAAAGUCUCUUCUUCCAGUCGCCGGCCCCAACUCCAAGUCUCUGAGGAUGGGUUUCAGAUAAUGAACUUUGCCUGUGUCACUAUAUCACUGUGUUUCUUACAAAUUUUCCUUCUUUUUCUUGUUUCUAUACUCACAAUUGUUAUGCUCUGGAAAUAUAAUCAAAUUUCCAAGGAAAUAUAAUUUAUACAAAGAAAGAAAUGCAGUUUGUCAUUUCCCA